GGCGCGCGGAGGAUGACGCGAGCGCUAACCAAGGGCGCGAGGUGCAGUUCCGGAAGCUUGCCGAGAGGCUUCUCGGUGGAAAGCCUGGCUCGGCCUUUGGCGGGCCGACUGGAAGAGAGAGCUGUUCCUUGAUAACCCUGCUGCUGGCCAUAGUCAAGCAGUAACUUGACUACUUUCUCAACCCAGGGCGGAGCUCCCGCCGGUGCUAGACCUUGAGCUUGGCACAGUGGGGAUCUCUGAAGACCUAAAGUAGGAUGGAUCUGCCUGUGGAUGAGUGGAAAUCAUAUGUAUUUCAGAAGUGGUCUUUGCUCCCGAAGUCCAUUCAGGUCACAAUCUCUACCGCAGAGACUUUGAGCGAUAUCUUUCUUCACUCCUCUUUGCUUCUUCAACCCGAGGAUGAGAUGUUUUUACAAAAUCUGUCUAGAGGCUACCUGGUGGAAAAGGACCCCAACGCUCCCCUUUUCUACAGAGAAGAAGGAAACAAAAAAUUUCAGCAGAAGGAUUAUAUGGGAGCCACAGUGCUGUACUCUAAGGGAAUAUCACAUUCAAGGCCUCACACUGCAGACAUUUCACUGUGUUAUGCCAAUCGCUCUGCAGCCCUCUUCCACCUGGGUCAGCAUGAAAUGUGUCUUAAAGACAUCAUGAGAGCGCAGAUGCACGGGUAUCCAGAGAGACUGCAACCCAAGAUGAUGUUGCGUAAGGCUGAAUGUCUGGUGACCCUGGGGAGACGACAGGAGGCGAGCCAGACCAUCAGUGAUCUUGAAAGUAGCUUUGCUGCCAAACCAACCCUCGCAGCUGCCCAGUUUCAGAUUCUGCAGACAAACCUCUGUCGUCUGAAAAUGAAGGCACAAGAAAAGGAGAGUCUCACAGAAACCUUCCCAGCAGCUCUAACCAAAGCCUUGGAGGAUAUGGACCUAAAGGGAGAGAAUGGACAAGUCCCCAGCGCAUCGUCAUCUGUCAGCUUACGCACAGACCCCUUAAGAGGCCGCUAUUUGGUUGCCACAAAAGAUAUUCUCCCAGGAGAGCUCUUGGUGAAGGAGGACGCUUUUGUGAGCGUCCUUCACCCGGGAGAGAUGCCACCGCUACGUCACCUAGAGAGCAAGUGGGAUACCAGGGUUACCAACGGGGACCUCUACUGUCACCGAUGUUUGGACCACACUUUGGCCACAGUUCCCUGUGAUGGGUGCAGCUAUGCCAAAUACUGCAGCCAUGACUGUAUGCAGCAGGCCUGGGACCUGUACCAUAGUGUGGAGUGUUCUCUAGGGGGGCUGCUUCUCACACUGGGUGUCUUCUGCCACAUUGCCCUGAGGUCCACUCUCGUAGCUAGAUUUGAGGAUGCAAGCAACGUCAUAAGGAAGCUUUGUGGUGAGAUUAGGAACAAAGACACACGUUCACCUGAAAGAGAGACUCUAGUGCAAACACUCACUUGUGACCUGGGAGGGGAGAGUGAGAACAAAGGCAAAAUGCUCGAGCCCCCAGUUCCAGGAUGUGAUCUGAAUGGGAAAUAUGAAAGUAAUUACAAUGCCGUCUUCCACCUCCUGCCACAUACUGGAAACCAUAGCCCGGAGCACAGAUUUCUCUGUGCUCUAAGUGUCUCUGCACUAUGCAGGCGACUUGAAGCAGCCAGUUGCUACAAGCCAGCGGCGGCAGUGCCUCCUGGGUCGGGUUCAGAGUUGGAUGUCUGGGGAGUGGCCAUGCUGAAACACGUGCUGCAGCUGCAGUGUAACGCUCAGGCGAUCACCACCAUUCAGCACACAGGAUCUAAAGAGAACAGCGUGACCAACAGCAGACAGGUCCGCCUUGCCACAGGCAUCUUCCCUGUCAUCAGCCUCCUGAACCAUUCCUGCAGCCCCAACACCAGCGUGUCCUUCAUUAGCACCGUCGCCACCGUUCGGGCAUCACAGCAGAUUGAAAAAGGGCAAGAGAUUCUCCACUGCUAUGGGCCUCACCAGAGCAGGAUGUGUGCUGCCGAAAGGCAACAGAAGCUGAGAUCACAGUAUUUCUUUGACUGCAGUUGCGCAGCUUGUCAGAACGAGAAGCACUCAGCCGCCACAGGGCCCCGGUGGGAGGCGUUCUGCUGUAGGAGCUGCGGGGCGCUCAUGCAGGGAGACGAUGUACUGAUCUGUGGCAGCACGUCCUGUACGGAGUCAGUCAGCAGAGAUCACCUCAUCUCUCGGUUACAGGACCUUCAGCAGCAGGUUGGGAUGGCCCGGAAGCUUCUCAGAAAUGAUAAACCAGAGAGAGCCAUUCAGCUAUUGUUGGGGUGCCAGCGUGACGCCCAGAGCUUCCUGUCAGGAGAACACAGUCUGGUGGGAGAAAUGGAGGAUGACCUGGCCCAGGCCUAUGCCGCCUUAGGGGACUGGCAAAAGUCAGCUACCCAUCUACAGAAGAGUCUCCGAGUGGUUGAGGUUCGCCAUGGGCCGUCCAGUGUCGAAAUGGGCCAUGAGCUCUUCAAACUGGCCCAACUCUUCUUCAACGGGCAGGUAUGAGUGCUGGCCGAGAGCCCAGUGGUCAUCCGGAGAAGAGAUCAGGGAAGGAACGGGGAACGUCUGGAAUAUUUAGCUGGAGGAAGAGAAAAUUCCAGAGAAGAGAUCAGGGAAGGAACAGGGAACGCCCUGGAAUAUUUAGCUGGGGAAGAGAAAAUUCCAGAAAACACCAUCACCUCCUGUGAGGCUCCAGGGAGCAGAACUAGAGCCCCUGGGUAGAACUUUCCAAUGGGUUCAGCUUUAUAUAAGAAAACUCUCUCAACAGUCAGAGUUCAAGCCUUUCAACAAAAAAAGUUGAGUACCUCUAUGCAAGUCGCUGGAUAGGUAUGCAGAGGAGGAGAAGGAUAUAGAUGAAUAAGGCUCAGUGCCACACUCCAGAAACUUACUGGCUAAUAGUAAGAGGCUGCUACGAGAACAGAUUGUUCCACCAUAAUGUGGCACAUUCUGUGAUGGCAGGCUCUACAACCCCGCCGUCCAGUACAAUAGUCACUAACCAUGUGGCCACAGAGCACUUGAAAUGUGGCUAGUCUGAUAUCCUAUAAGUGUAAUAUACACAGCAGAUUGUGGAUAUUUCGUAUGAAAAAAAAUACUGUAAAGUAUCUCAGUAGUUUUUACACCGAUUAUAUGUAUUGGGUUAAAUGCAAUAUAUUACUAAAAUUAAUUUCACCGAUUUCUUUUUUAAUGUGGCUACUAGAAAAUCUUAAAUUACAUAUGUAGUUUGCAUUGUAUUUCUAUCGGACAGCACUGUUCUGAAGGGUAUUGUGGCAAUGUGGUUGGAAUAUAUGAAUCUAAGCUGUCUUGAAGGGUGAAUAAGAAGGAGCUAAGCAUGGAAACGCAGGAAGGGUGCAAGUAUCCAUGUGGACAAGUUAAAACUGGAUCCCUAUCUCACACCAUUCACAAAAAGUAGCUCUAGCUACAUUAGGGAUUAAAUGUGAAAAACA